AUGUCAAAUAGCCUUGAAUCACUUCCUCAGACAUCUUACUUAAGUCUGGCCAGGAAUUUGGUUGGAUGUAAUGAUUGGAUUCAGAUCUCGCGCUUAUGCGCCCUGUGCUUGCCAAAUGAUUUUAAGACAGGUUUCAUCCUUGAUGGUGAUCGACAAUGUGCUCUUUUCAUUGAUAAGAUUUUGCCGUUAUUAUUGAGUGCUCAAAAGGUGCUUGUAAAGUGUUCUAUGCCUUCCACAGAGAUUCAGUCAAAAAAAUCUGAGCGUUUGCCCGAUGCGGAGUGCUUUGCAUUUUGCCUAUCAAGUACACUUACGCAGGUGGCCGUCCGUUACCCACCAUCUUUUGAUAAGAUUAUAACGACAAUUUUGGAAUCCGCUCAAAGUUUAAUCUCAGCUCUCGAAGACAACUAUCAACAGUUAAUUGAACCUUUCCAAACUUUGACGAAUUUGAUUCUUCAAAAAAUCGGUGGCGUUUCUCCUGUGCCAACGCCUGAAUCUUCUUUGUUGAAUAGCGCUCAAUGGGCUUGCAUUGAUCGCGUGUGUCUGUUCCUGGCGCCUUCUCUGUUGGGUCUUUUGCGCGGACUUGGCCGGGCAUUCAAUCCUAGCAGUUGUUAUCCCAGUAUUGUCUCGGCUCUCUUCCCAUCCACAUCGGUCCUAAGCAAUCCUCAAUCAACCUGCGAGGCCUGUGGUAAGCUUCGACCAACAGAAGAGGGGGAUGCUCUGGAAGAAGAGGCAUCAAUCUCGGAGACCGUUUGUUCGGCCGGAAAGCGGUGUUCCUUCACCCACAGGAAUGGUGCUGCAUCCUGUGUGGGGAGCGGUCGUUGCUGGUUAAGUUGUAAGGGCAGUGAAUAUCUGCUGUGCAGUAUCGGUUCCGUCUACGGUAGUCGAUUGCCUCACCGAGCUGUCCUCAAUCCUGAUGAGGAGGACGACUGUGCAGAUCUCGAUAUGGUUACUUUUUCGACUAGUCAUAUGAAAGCCAUUCUGAAGAUGGCCACGGUUUUUCUUCAAGAACGUCUUAUUAAAUGGCUUGACGCAUUAGCAGCCCUUUUCUGGCAGCAUCGCCAGCGAGGAAGCGCUUAUCCCUAUCGCUCUUUUAGCAGUUGUUUUCGGCUCUGCUACCUCCUUCUUUUCCGUGAUAUUUUACGAAAUAAGAAACAAAAAUUUACCGAAAAAUUAGUGUCUACUGUUCAAUCGAUAAUUGAGGAUAUUUACUCCACGUGCUACGUUGAGCAGGUAAAUUUGCCUGCUGAAAUAGCAUCCCAAGUGGCUCGACGUUCAGCAACCUUGGCCCAUCCUCGGGAUAUAUAUCGGGGAUGGGGUCCCGAAGGUUCUCUUAAGGCCUCAUUAGGUACUCGGCACCCACUAUCACCUGGUACGGAUGAGGGAGUUGACGAGAGCACUUUAGCGAUACUCGACUCCUCCUUUCCGCGCAAUGAUCAGACUCUCAUAGAUGAUGGUUGCAGUCACAAGCAACCAAGCAAUAAUGAGACUGGCGAAGCUGCCUACCAGUCGCGGAGAGAUAUCAGGCGGAGCUUCUUCCUGCCUGAAUAUUAUUCCACUGACGGCACCAAGGACGUGCUUCUCCCGACCGUUCGUCUGCAACAGUCAUCCACUCCUCUGCGCCUCGAUCCGGAUAUGGUGGCUGCAAAAAUGUUUGACUUUGAGCUGGUCACUGCUUCUCUUGCGGCCUGCCUUCAAAUACUUACUCAAAUUGCCACUGAAUACAAGGAUGCGGAAAGUCUGCUGAACCGUCUAACAGAGCGAAUGAAAUCGGCGAUCGAUCCACCAGCUGCAGUAUUAACGCCGACGACUCCGGGGUCUUUCUCACCCUCGCCGUACGAAACAGUUCGAAAUGGUGGCACUCUGCAUGGCGAGUUGAGCAAUCAUUACCGCGCCUACCGCCAGCAGCAGUCGAACGCGCACGCUGGUCUACUCGUCGUGGUGCUUGAAUGUGUGGGCCGACUGCCCCAGCACACUCCCUACCUCUCCAAAACUGCACUAGACUGCCUUAGUGAAUUCCUCCUCUAUCCAAGUCCCACUCUGAGCAAACUCAACCGCAGCGUAUAUCGUAACAUAAGUAGUCGAAGGUCAAAUGCGUCUGCCAGCAUCAAGACCAGAACUGCAACUUUGGAACAGACUGGACACAGCAGACGUCCUCAUCGAGCCCAAAGACUCCUGGAUAAAAUUCGCGGGACAGCAAUUCAGAGUCUUUGCCGAGUGUUGCUUACAAACCAGAGCUAUGUGGAUAGUCUCUUGGCGGAGCUUUCACGGAAGUUAUACAACGCUACCACUGAAAGUGAUAGGGACACGGAUUUAAUCUACCAAAAUGUAAUCCUCACCCUCGGUUGGAUGGGUGUAGAGUUGGCCAAUGUUCCUAACACGCAGGACCAAGUUCUGCAACUCAUUCAACAGUGUCUUGAAAUUUCAAGUGUUUCUCUCGAGCUCACUGAAAAAAUUACUGAUCAGUGUAGUUGUAUGGUAAUUGCUGGAUGUCCUACCGUCUACCACCAGAUCAUGGCGCUCUUCAUGGAUCGCAGUGUCAAAUCGGCCAAACUCUGCCUCUCCUCUGGUCCCAUUCCUGACCCUGAGAAUGAACGUAUGUUUGUUAGCGUCAUCAAUGGACUGGCUAACAUGGCCGCCUGGAUUCAGGGUGAGGCGGAACUGCUCGAUUUACUCGGUCGUCUACUGGAGCACUUUGUUCAGCUCGACGUAGAGCUACGAAUAGAUCUAAAGAAUAGGGAGACUGUCUCUACAUCUUACUGCACAGACUAUCUCAUUCCAGUUAUCGCCGUGCUCCUCUAUCGGUUGCCACCGAUAACCAACCCGAAGGUUCGUCUGAGGAAACUUUUUCGGGACUUUUGGUUUUACAGUGUAGGGCGUGAUAUCAUCCAAUCGAAUUCCAGCGCCCGGAAUUUGGAUUUGAGUUUUCGUGAGAUAGCCGCCAAAUCCCCAACGCUACUCAGCAGGGAACCUCUUCGUUCCGAUUUACAGUACGCCGAGUCUAAAGUCAUGAAUCAGGCAACUCAGCAAAAUUUAAGGGACCAACUCUGCGCCAUUCUCGCUCCAACCGCGAAGUCUGGGGGUUCGGACAGACCUACCGCCACCAGUAUUAAACUGAUGAGCAUCACCCAGUCUGCCUACCUGAUGUCUGUCUACCAGUUGGAGUCGCUUCGAAUUGAACAUUCCAGUGACUUAGAUGCCUUCCACAAAAUGUUCCAGUACCUCGAAGACAGCACAAUUCGAGCGGAUAAAUCAGAUAUGUGGGCUUGUAUUAUGCAAGUGGCUGUGCGGAUCUUUCAACGUCUGCUCCAACGCUUAAGCAAUAUGCCAAUGGACGUCAAACGGGAGGCGAUUGUCGAUAUGCAUGCCCAGUUUCUCCUGGUAAAAUUCAACCAUAUUCAGAAGGGUGUCCGCAUUGUUGCUGAUCAGUUUUUGAGUGAUCUGGCAAGAGCAUUUCCCCACGUUAUGUGGAGCGGAAGUGUUUUGUUCACCAUGCUUGAUAUUAUCGAGCUAUUGGCUCAAUCCCUGGAAAUCGGUAUGAACCAAGUGCCACCUGUGUACACCGUUCCCGACACCAACUUCGUCCUCUCUGUUAUGGAGACGCGUCAGGAUCGGCAACAAAUCCUCUCCGAUUUCGUAAAGCGCUGCACCUCGGUCAUUGAGGAAGGUCUCAAGUGGGCCCCCGGAUUGGUGCGAUCGCACCUCGCCGAGUACGCUUUGCAGCGGGAGCACUCCUGGCAGGGUCUUCAGCGCCACACCGGCCUCGCUCUCGCAUCCGAAAUAGUUUUUAAUUUCAACGGGCCUCCUAGUCGUGUCAUUCAUCACUUUAUGGUCAGCCGUUUAGUCUACUUUCUUAUCUGCUCUUCUCUUGGAGUGCUAGAAAAACGAUCUAACUACGCAAGAUACGACUACUCAAACUUCGUGUGCAAUUUAACUUUGCGAAGCAAAUUCCUUGGUCAGAUCAAUGGAUUGUUGAAAAAAAAAUUUGAUUUAGAUCGUAUUGCUACAGAUGCCAUUCAGGAAUUUGAGGAUGCCUGCAACAAAGCUAAGGAACAUGGUGACACGUUGAACUCUAAAAGCACUGAAUUCGAGGCUAUAGAAGCGAGCCUUUUUACGAUCACUGCUCUCCUGGUGGCGCGUGAGGAACAGCCACCGUCCUCUAAAGCCAACUGCCGCGAUGAUGUCACGGGGACGGACACUGGGAUGUGCUCCUGUACCGCAGCUUUCAUCAGCGGAAUGCAACGGAAUCAAGCGUUUGUCAUUCAGGGUGUGAUGGUGAGGCGUCUUCUGCAGCAGCUCUGUCGGGCACCACUGAAGAUCUUCGAUCCAGCUAUGGUUGAACUCUCCAUCUCUUGUUGGUACUGGCUUUUAGCGGCUCGUACACAUCUUAAAUUACAGUUUACAAGCGAAAUGAAUGCCGCGUGGAAGUAUACGGUGGAUCAAGGGAUGGGUGCGUUCUCCGAUGAGGCAGACGGCUUAGAUAGGGAUAGUUCUUUCAUAAUUGUCUCCGAUUGGGACACAUCAUUAUCUGGAAGGACUUAUGCUUUGCCUCAUUGCCUCUGGGCUGAUUUUCUUUCCGAACGCUUAUAUGUAGCUCAAUCAUCAAGUCAGGAGGAGGUGAAGCUCUACAUUAGCCUUCUUCAGUAUAGCCUUUCUGGGGAAGUCGAUUACUUAGCUCGUAGUAGGACCAAUGGAGUUGGAACUGAUGUCAACAAAGUGGCGAAUCCGGUACGUGCACGUCUAUCGCGCUCCAUGACAGCAAUGGGUGUUCGUUUUCGCCUUGCGAAGAUGGCUCUUGGUUUGCUUCACAGUGCUGCAACUGCAUAUACCUAUCAAUCCGACGUGGCAGACAAUUUAUCCACCGGUAGUGGUACCACCGGUGUCGGUGGCGUAGUUUCAGCAAAUGUAUCCCCCACUGCUAUGGUGGGCGUGGGACAAACAGGAAUAGCUGCCUCCUCUAUGGGGACUGCAACAACCGUAAUAGGUGGUGGGAGCUGGACAGCUUCGAAAGCGACUCCUGUGCAUGCCGCUCUCACUUUACCACCGAUUGUGAGAUUGUCACUCCGGGAAAAAGUGUACUCGACUCUAAUAAACUAUUUCAGUUCAGAGCCAUCGUACCCUCUCCAAACCGGCAUUCAUCUUCGAGACGAUAUCCAAGUUUUGAUAGGCAUCCGCAGCGCCAUUAAUAUGGAACGUCGUUAUCUUUCCUGUCGUCGCUUGAUGCGUGAAGAGGCCGAAGCUCUAACGCAGACCUCGGUUCACGGCGGUGCAUUCGGAAGUUCAGAUGUGAGCCCUCCGAUAUCCACGCUCAAUCGCCACGACACAAAUACUAUGACGACCACGAGCGUUAUUCUGCCAGCUGGACACGCUGUUGUCACUAGGUGUUCGAGCUUUCACACGCCUACACCCCUUACUCAAUUUGUACAGGCCUCUACCAGUCCGGUUCCUGUUGGCAGGUAUCGUUCCAGUGGACCCGCUCCCCAUGUGUCCACGAAUACUAACAACGAUGGGCCGGGUAAUGCUUUUUCCUCCUGCCCCUCGGGAAUGGGCAACAGUCUGAGUCAACUAAAAUCGUACGCAACAUAUGCAGGAACUGUCUCCCUCCUUUCCAAACGCUCUUCAACGCUAGGUAAACGAAUGGCAUCUUCACCAGUCAAUGAAGAGGCAAUAAAGUCCUUCUACAUGCAAAAACGGGAGCUUUUGCUACUUUUACUGGCCACGGAGAUAGAACGUCUGGUGGUGUGGUACAAUCCGCAGGGCAGUGCAGAACUCACUCUACCGGGUGAGUCGGAUGUGGAGGUCUGGCUGCGGAAGGAGCUACUGCGCGAGAAGAAUCCCGGCAACUGGGCCCAACUGGCCUGGGAAUUCUGUCCGGCUGCUGCCAUUUUCCUCCAGCGUCGGUUGCGUGGUUCAGAUCAGGUCCGAGAGGAAGUGAGUCGUCUAGUUCGCCAAUCGCCCACUCUGGUUUCUCACGUUCCCGCGGCUCUCCAGUACUUAGCCAAUCCCUCUAACAUCGAGGCCGAUAUUCCUGAGCUUUCACAUAUCCUUUCAUGGACCUCAGUGGCUCCAGUAACAGCCAUAUCCUACUUUUCACGCAUGUAUCCUCAGCACCCUCUCACACACCAGUACGCUGUCAGGGUUCUUGCCUCUUACCCGCCCGAGACCCUGCUCUUCUACGUGCCCCAGUUGGUCCAAGGCACUCGAUACGACAAGCUGGGCUACAUGUCCGAAUUCAUUUUGAGCUCUGCACAUCGUUCACCGCUGCUUGCACACCAAUUACUAUGGAACAUGAAAACUAACAUCUAUCGGGAUGAGGAGGGUCAUGAUAAGGAUCUCGAUAUUGGUUCGCACUUGGAGUGGAUGUCCGAAGAAAUAACCAAGCGUUUCUCGGGACCUGCACUUGAGUUCUUCAAACGCGAGUUCACGUUCUUUGAUCAGAUAACUGGUGUAUCUGGUGAAAUCCGACCGUAUCCAAAAGGCUCAGAGCGCAAGAAGGCCUGCUUGGAGGCCUUGGAAAAGAUAAAGCUUCAGCCAGGCUGCUACCUGCCCUCAAAUCCGGACGCGAUUGUUCUCGAAAUCGAUUACAAUUCGGGUACACCGAUGCAAUCUGCUGCCAAGGCGCCUUAUCUGGCCAAGUUUAAGGUUUCCAGAUGCGGCAUUACUCAGUUGGAGAAGACGGCUAUUCAGGCGGCGUCAGAGGCGGCCUCUGUCGCCGCAGUGUCAGCGUCCAAAGGCAGUCAAAGACCUACCACGGAGGCUCCUGCGCCUUCGCGAAAGGAUUCCCAUAUUUUCUCUCUUAGGAGUCCCUUUGCUCGGACUCGCCGACAAACAAGCACAACGAAUCAGCCAAACAUUGCUAAAGGAGGUGAAAAUACGUCCAAGAGCGAAAUAGUAAAUCUACACCAGCAACCUUCAUCCACUUACUGGCAAGCCUGUAUUUUCAAAGUGGGAGAUGACGUACGGCAGGAUAUUCUAGCGCUGCAGGUCAUCCGAAUAUUCCAAAACGUUUUCAACCAGUACGAGUUGGAAUUAUUCCUCUACCCUUAUCGCGUGGUCGCUACAGGUCCGGGUUCUGGCGUUAUUGAAUGUGUUCCCGAUAGUAAGUCACGUGACCAGAUUGGCCGUCAGACAGACAGUGGCAUGUACGACUAUUUUCAGAGUAUUUUCGGCGAUGAGACUACACCAGCAUUCCAACGAGCACGGAGGAACUUUGUUGUUAGUAUGGCAGCAUAUAGUGUAGUGUGCUACUUGUUGCAAAUAAAAGAUCGUCACAAUGGCAAUAUUAUGUUGGAUAAACAAGGCCAUAUAAUUCAUAUCGAUUUCGGCUUCAUGUUCGAGAGCAGCCCGGGCGGGAACCUGGGAUGGGAGCCAGAUAUUAAGUUGACUAAAGAGAUGUUGAUGAUAAUGGGCGGAACGACUGAUAGUCCGGCUUUCCAGUGGUUCGAGCAGCUCUCGGUGCGCGCCUUCCUAGCACUGCGGCCCUACCGCGAAGCGAUAGUGGCGCUGGUCUCAGCCAUGCUGGAUUCGGGACUGCCAUGCUUUCGAGGGCAGACGAUUAAACUGCUGCGCCAGCGCUUCAUGCCCAGCCUCUCUGACCGCGACGCUGGCAAUGCCUACAUCCGCCUCGUGCGCGCCUGCGUCGACCACUGGCGCGCCAAGUCUUAUGACAUGCUGCAGUACUACCAGAAUCAGAUUCCCUGCUAG